AUGUUUUCUUCGAAUUCGUCCUCCACUCUUACCGGAGGAGGUAGCCUAUUUGGUUCCUCCGGAGGGGGGGGUGGCCUUUUCGGAGGCGCCAGCACCCAGCAACAACAAAGCGGCAGUCUCUUUGGAGGCACAAGCGGCUUCAUGUCGCAGCCACAGCAACAGACUCAAGGCCGUUUGUUUGGGAACGCUGGGACGCCCGGGAUGUCUCUCUUCGGUCAGCAGCAGACGACACAGCCUCAGUCCGGGGGUCUGUUUGGGUCUUCAGCCACGACAAACAGCGGGCUAUUCGGGACUGGUCAGCAGCAGUCGGGCGGCAUCUUUGGCAGCUCCAGUCUCUCGCAACCUCAGCAGACGACAGGGGGGGGAGGGCUCUUUGGCGGCUCGAAUACGUCGACGCUAGGCUCCUCUAUGACUGGCGGCGGUCUGUUUGGUCAGCAGCCUCAGCAGACAGGUGGCCUCUUCGGCUCCUCGACUGGCGCUGGGACGGGCGCCGCCGCGACGGGGACUGCCACGUUGGGCCAGCAACAGACAGGCGGUCUCUUUGGCAGCGUCGGCGGAUUUGGAACGAGCAAUGCCGGCGGCUUCGGCACCAGCACGUUGGGGACUGCGGGACAGCAAACGGCGGGCGGCCUCUUUGGAAGCCAGCCUCAGGGGGGGGGGCUCUUUGGAAGCACCACGAGUUCCUUUGGCGCGGGUGGGACGUCGACGAGCGGAUUUGGAACUUUUGGCAGUGGCGGCGCGACGGGGUCGGUGCUCGGCGCGGGGACGCUUCAGCAGCCGUUCCAGCCGCAUAAGACAGAGGAGGGCCUUUUGAUGAGCAUCUGCUUUGGCACGCUUGCGGAAGUCUCGCAAGACGAAGAGCGAUGGAGGUACUACCAGCAACGAGGGGGAGGCGUGGGUGCGUCCACCGCCGGCACGGGUCUCUUUGGCCAACAGACAGCCCCGCAGCAAACGGGAGGCCUCUUUGGAAAUUCGACUGGUACCCCUGCAGGCGGCGGACUCUUCGGCAGCACUCCCGCUUCGGCAACAGGCACGGGUCUCUUGGGUUCCUCGACCCAAACCAAUCAACAACAGAGUGGCAGUCUGUUUGGCGCCUCUACGACGGGCGGUUUUGGCGGGGGCCUUUUCGGCUCCUCGACGAGUACGCAGCCUAGUGGGCAACAACAGACAGGCGGCCUCUUUGGAAACGCCGGGGGCUCUUCAACAACGUCCGGAGGCGGUCUCUUUGGAAGCAACACCCUGGGCAACGCGACGGGCACCAGUCUCUUUGGGACGACGCCGCAGCAAACGCAGACGGGCGGACUGUUUGGCCAGCAACAGCAGACGACCGGAGGCGGGGGGCUCUUUGGGUCCAGUUCCCUGGCCGGAACAAACACGGGGGGAGGUUUGUUCGGCGCAUCUACAACGCCUUCGACUGGGUUGUUUGGGUCCACGACGCAACAGUCUCAGCCCGGCACGACCGCAACUCAGACCGGGGGCCUCUUUGGUUCUACCACGACGCCUGCGGCGACGACCGGCCAGGCGACGACGGGGACAGGCCUCUUUGGAGGCCUGUCCUCAAGCGGCGGGAGCAGCGGCGGCGGCCUUUUUGGAAACACAGGGGCGGCAACGACCGGCGGCGGUCUGUUUGGCAACACGCAGCAACAGUCGAAUCUCUCCGGUGGCGGACUGUUUGGAAGCUCGGGCGGGCUGAAACUUGGGGCCACCGCGACUGGGACGACACCCGGGGCAACCGGAACCACUGGCGGGCUCUUUGGAAGCUCAUCAACCGCCGGUGCGUCCGGCACUUCCGGGCUCUUUGGGAGCUCUGGGACGUCUGGAGGCGGACUGUUUGGAAGUUCAACGGCGAAGCCGGGGGAAGCGGGAGGCCUCUUUGGGAGCAGCGGAACGUCCGCUACGUCAGGGACACCUUUUGGCAACACGUCGGGCGCCGCAGGCGUUGGCGGCGGCUUGUUGGGUGCCGCGUCGGCGAGUUCGGGAAGCGGCUCGACGGGAGGCCUGUUUGGUUCGUCGACAACGGGCUCUGGGGCAGGCCUCUUUAGCAGCGGCGGCCUCUUUGGCAGCGCACCAGCUGGCCAACAGAGCGCAGCGGGGGGAAGUCUGUUUGGGCCGACACCCGCGCUGGGCGGAGCUGCGGGAGGCUCAGGGCUCGGCGUGGGCCAGUCGACCCAGACGGGAUUGUUCGGAGCCUUGGGGUCUCUCUCUGGAUCUGGAGCACAAGGUGCGCCCGCCAGCGCCGCUGCGGCCGACGCCUACGGCUUGGCGUCGCUCCUUGGCGGGCAAGUCGAAGUCAAGUUGACUCUCUCGGCGCGCCCGCCGGAGUCGUCAGCCCAAGAAGGCACGCAGAUCUUCCCCCCGCGGCUGCAGUUGCUGGAUUCGUGCGGAGGCGCCGCCUUGGGAGACGGCGGCCUCCUGGGCGCGUGGGGAUCGAGCGUCUGGAGACCUGGCGCGCCGACGCGUCUUUGCCGCGGGCGUCGCUUCCGUCCCUUGGGCCCCAUGGGAGGAGGUUUGAGUGGGAGCUACUUGUCGAGUGGAGCGUCCAACGCCUCGUUCGCGCUUCCGGAGGUCUAUAUCCAAAGGGCGUUUGGGACCAGUCGUUCGUCAUCCCCUCAUGACGAGUCACCGGGGAGCGGGCAAGGGGAUGCACUCCGAUCCACGGCGGACCGAAAGGCUCUCCCAGGCGCUCUGUGGGCCUCAGUGACGCUGGAGCGGUCUGCAGCGGAGGCCUUGCUCCUCCAGCGGCGCAGGAAACCCGGCAGUCUCACUCCGGACCAAGUCAGCCCUUGGUCGUCUACGGCUCUGCAGUUUAUGCGUUCCAAUCCCUUCUACAGGGACCAGCUGGCGGAAGCGAAUGUCGCCAAAGAGAUGGCUGCAAGCAAAGCGCCUGGUGCUGUCCCGCCCACUUCUUCUCAAUCGGCCCCCGCUGAGGGCGGUCUCUCAGGUGCAAAGGAAACGGCCGCGCCUUCUGUUCCGAAAGCGACGUCAGCCGCGCCCGCGUCUACUUCGUGUCCUGCCGUGCCCGGCUUGGCGCCUGCUUCUUCUGUGUCUUCCUCGGCCCUGCCUGGGGACGCAUCGGAUCAGAAGCAGCUGGGGUGGCCUGCGAACCCAGAGACCUCGCCAAGCGCAAAGAAACCCGCAGUCCUGGGUCUCUCGCCCAUUCAGACCUUCUCUCUCGCCACGCCUGGAGGCUCUGCUCGGUCCUCACCAAACGGCUCACGAACGGGGCCUGCGUCCGCGGAGGAAUUAAACCGGUGGCAUGCGCCUCCUGAAGGCGCGACGCUGAACGGAUCGUCGCCCGCAGGGCUGGACUCUCUCGCCGCGUGCUUGUCUGCCCCUGAAGACUUGCGCCCCGUGCUCAUGCGCCCGGACUACGAGACUGUGCCGUCGAUUGAAGUCUUGACUGGAAUGACUGAGCAGGAGCUCUCCCGUGUCCAAGAUUUCUCCAUAACCCGACGGGCCUACGGGAGCAUCCGGUGGCCUGGAUACACGGACCUGAGGGGGAUCAAUCUCGACGACGCCGUGAAGAUCGAGAAACUGGAGGUCAGCGUGUACGGGAGCGAGGCGCCCCCGCGUGGAGUCGGACUCAACAAGAGGGCGGUCAUCACGCUGAAGAACUGCAAACCGCGGAGCGUCAAGUAUCUAGACACCAUGGUGCUUCAGCGACCGGAGGACGAGGCAUACGUCCAGGACAAGCAGCGACAGUAUGUGACGAAAGUGCGACGGUACACGGAGCGUAUGGGCGCAAAGUUUCUGGACUUGAACUUAACCACAGGCGAGUGGACAUUUGAGGUUGAACACUUUAGCACGUACCGUUUCCUUGAUGAAGAUGAUGAAAAUGACGAGGACCUCGAGGCGCAACUGCGACAAAAGGCGCUGUCUUCGACGACCGCGACUGGCCCUCGUCCUCCCUCGCCUCUGCCUGUGUCUGCCGCGUCGCCCGCGUCUCCUGAGAGUGGAGCCCCUGCUAGCAGCUGCUUUGGUGAACGCGAAUCUCUUUUCGGUUCCCAAAAGCCAGGUGUCCAGCACGGGUUUCCGGAUGCAGAGUUCUGUGCGGUAGCGAGAAAGACGGCAGCCGCACGUGGCGGGGUCUCGCAGAACGUCGUCAAUCCAGAGUUCCUGAGAAAUGUCUCCCUGGCACAGUCGGUCAACAGAAACAGUCACUCGCGAGCGCUUCCGUGCAGUAUGUCGGGAGACGCCUCCACCGCUCCUGGACUUCGCUGGACUGCCGCUAAGUCGAGCAGACCUGGCGCCGCUGACGCUGCCGUGGCAAAAGACGGGACGGCUGGUGCGACGACGGGAGGGCCCUUUGAGGCGUCGCACGGCUUCACGCAGCAGAAGGCUUUGUCUGGUGCCGAAUGGAAGAAGACAGACACGCUAGGCGCUCACCGAGGCGGAACGAUGGGCGCGCCGCAAAAGGCAGGGAUGGCGACAAGCCCGCGAGGGACCACCGGCGGCGAACACGAAGGGAAGAGAAGGAAGGCAAGCAGUUCUGACAAUGAGAGAAGAGACCGACUCGCGGGGCCGCUGAGCGUUGACAACGCUGGCGGGAGUGUCUCUGCGCUUCGCCCGGGAAGCGAUUUCGAGGGCACCUUUUCCGCUCCCUGCUCGUUUCUUCACCUUCAACAACGACGUCAUUGCCCGUACCCGGUCCGGUGUGCUCCGGUUAUUUCGCGCGACGGGCUCUUGGCCCUUCCCGUCCUUUCUGCCGUGUCUGAACGGCCCGCAAUCGCUUCUUUUCCAGGCUCCCUUGUGCAGCUGACCCACCUUUCGCCUCUCCUCCGCGAGGAAGAAACGCGUCCGCCCCAAGACGGACCGGAUUGUCGGGGGGUGUUGUCUGGGCCGGGCGCGGAUACUUGCCGCGAAGCGCCGACCCACCAGCCGCUGUGGACAGUCGGCGAGGUUCCCGACGAGGCCGUUGCGGCGUCAGCAGACGAAGAAGAGAAGCAUUCUCUGUCCGACGCUGCGCAGCGCUAUGUGCAUCCGAUCUGUGACCGAGCGCUGUCGCUGACUGCGGCCGGCCCCGGCUCAGAUGCGUCUCCGUCGCUGCUUUCCGACCGCUGGUGUUUCCCCACAGGCGCCGGAUUCUCCAUUCGAGGAGAACCGUUUGAGGGGACCAUCCAGAGCCCUAGUGAGCAGCUGCGAGUCUUCCGAGACGGCAGAAGGGUGCGUCGAACGCUGUGUGCCUCUGCCAUGCAACAGGUCUUGGCUGCUUUCAUCGAUGAAGUCGUGAAGGAAGGAGACAGCCAGAAGGCGCAGGCUGGCGCGACCGCCGAGGGCACCCAAGAGUGCCUUUCGGCUCUUGCCACUCCCGUGGAGGCGGGGCGCGGGGAGGAGAACGGACAGGGCGCGAGGCAAGGGGGAAGAGAGGGCGUUUCGGGAGAACCGAGCGGCAGCGGCGACAGAGAAUUCGAGUGGUGGCUUUUGGCCCCGGUGUGUCGCCAAGAGUCGGGCGCCCUAGAGACGAGAAGCAGUGGACAAGAUGGGGUUUCUUCUCCCUCUCUCCCUCCGUCGAGUUCAGGCCUCGUGCAACGUCUUUUGCUUCGCCUGUUGGCUUUUUUCGAGCAGCAGACGCAUCUCUACUCAGGGGGCGUGACGCCCAGUUCGUGCUUGCCUCUCGCUGCCUCUCCGGCCGGCGUCCCGCUUUCCUCCCGGCCGUCUCCAUUCCCAGACGGGACGCUUUCUCUUGGCGGUCGUCCCUGCCUGCCUCGUUCCGCAGGCGUGCCCGAGGCGUCUUACCUCGCGCCGUACAUGCUGCAGACGUGGCAGUUGCUUGUGGCGUUGAUGCUGUCCAGUCCGGAGCAGGAGGACUCUGUCUUUGCCGCCGCCACUUCAAGUCUCUUCUCAAGAGACGUUUCGCCCGAAGCGAUCCUGGAGAGCCAGCGCCAGGCGCGCAUUUUUGAGUGGCUGCUGAGGGAGUCAGGGAGAGAAGUCGCGUCCCUCCUGCAGCGCGCAGCCACUCUUCGCCAGGCUCUGCCUUGUUCGCUUUUGGAGGGACAGGCCUCGCGACUCCAAACGUGCGAAGCUCGAGGAGACGCAGGAAGCGACAGCGCGGCGACAGAGCCCUUUGGACGACACGGCGGCUCGCAAAAGUCCGCGACCAAGCUGCCUAGUGCGGACGUCUCUGGGCCUCUGUUCCGUUUAGCCGGCGCGGCAGGCCAACGCGCUCUGCACGUCGCGGUGGCGGCCGACCAAGAUGAAGAAAGGAAACUCCUCGCUGUGUUCCACCUUUCGGCCGCAGGACAGCUUUACGACGCUGUCGAGCUGCUCCUGAACAGCCGGCCUGGGGAGCCUUACUAUCCACACUUGGCGCUCUGUCUAGCUGCCCAUGUUCAGCAACAAGUCGGCCGAGAAUUUCUCUACUUCAACCUUUUUCGAGCGACGGCGCCUUCUUUCUUGACGCCUCCGCCAGGGAUCGUUCGCCUUUACCGGCUUCUCACUCCGGCCUCGUCGAGUCGCCUCUCCCUCCCCUCUGGCUUGGCGACCCUCAAGACCAAGGAGGGGGAGAAACGAAAGCGGAGCACCUCACCGGUCCCGUCCGUGCCUGCCGAGCCUGCCCGCUGUACGUCGCCGAGCAAACGGCGGGCGACAGCGCCAAACACUGGCGGGGCGGGGCGGUCCCCGUUGACGCCUGGAAACGAGAGAAGCGACGGUGGCGAGGAGACUGCUCAGGCCGACCCCAGGGAAAUUGCCAGGUUCGGUCUGGAACACUUUGUCAGCUGGCGACACCAGCUAGCUGCGAGCCUCGUCUUCAGUUCAGCCAGUCCGCUGGAAGACCCCGCGUCUCCAGGAGCCGGCGCUGCGGCGUCUUCUUUCAAGCGAGGCGCCACGGAGACAGACCGGGACGCAGGGGACAAGGAGGAGAAGGCAGGCGGAUGCGUGCAGGAAGAAUGGCCAGCGCGGAAGAGGAAGGGCGAAGAAGGCGCGACGGGCGGGGCAGCGGACCAGCUGUGCUCGCUGGAGGCAUCAGCUGGGGCAGAUGUGGACAUGUUUCAAAGAAUUCGAAUGGAACUCGCGCCGCCGCCACAGGCUGCUGAUGCGCCGAGGGAACUACGACGCGCUCUUCUUCAGUUCGAGCACCUGCUGCGCUCCCGAGAUCAGGAUGAAGACUCUUCCCCAUCCCGACUCACCUUCGCUCUGCCGGCGUCUCCAGCGCCCUUGUAUCGUCAACAGGAAGAGCAAGGAUUGACGCCAAAGAACCACUUGCACGAAGAGUCGAACGGGACGACGAAAAAUCUCUUCGAUCUCCAAUAUGGCUUACUACGCAUGCACGCGGGCGUCGCGCCGCCGUCCCUCGCCAUCUUCGAUCCGGCCUCCCACACCCCGUACGGGCUCGACGUUUUCUUUGCCUGGACUGCUGGCGUCGUCACGCUGCUGCAUCGCGGCGGCGCCAGAGCGCGUGCGAGCCUGAAGCGCCUCCAGCGCGUCCAGUCGGAGGACGAAGCGAAGGAAGAGGGAGACGCAGGCCUGAAGCGAGAGGAAGCGCAGCAGCUCCACCGGCUGACGGUCGCCUUCGCAGCGGAGUUGGAAAGCCUGCCGGGGUGCUGGCCUUGGGCGUGCGUUGCCCUCUUGUUCACGCCGUUCUCUGGUCGCGCCCUCCACGGCAUGCAUGCGCUGAUUGGCCGACAUGCGGCGGAGUUCACGUGCACGGGCGGCGUCUCUCGGGGUAGUGAGAUGGAGCCUCAGACGCAGGAGGUCCGGGAAAAGGUGAGCUUCGAAGAGGGUCGGCAAGAAAGUCUCCGCGUCCUCGUCGACGAGGUCGGCGUUCCCCAGUGGUGGAUCGACGAGGCCGACGGUCUCUAUGCGUUCAGUCAACAAAAGUUCAUGCAGGCGGCCUUUUUGUUCUAUUGGGCGUACCUUCGCCUUCGCCUCCCUCUUGUGCGAGGCUUUCUGGGGUCUCCAGUUGCGGCCCCGCUCCGUGAGGAGCUGUUGGCGCUCUGGAGCCCAACUAGCGCAGUCGAGACACACCUUCUGCGCCACGCAGGCCGGGCGCUUCUCCAGUGUCUCCCCGGCUUUCUCAUGGCCGUUCUCCUUCAACAAAUGCAGCACAUGGAGGAGCAGACGCGCGUCUCGCGCAUGCGCCGAGCCCUGGAGAAAUGCGAGCGUCUCACCGGGUCCAUUCGCUCUGGCACGGCGCGCGCGCUCUCUGACGAGCUCCGCGCCUACGAGAGACAGGAACGCGAAGUGGAACCGGCAGAAAUCUCUGAGGUCGGUGCGACGCCUUCGGUCCUCAUUUUGUCGACAGAGGCGAAGAUGAAUCUGCUGCUGGAAGUGCUCGAAGCGAUCCGAGAGAAGCUCGCCCGAGGGCUUCCGGAUCUUUCUGAAGACGCGCAGGGAGCAGAGGGCGCACAAGGCGUGGAGAAGGACAUUCUAGCCAGCUGUGCUGUUGAAGGAGAAUGGCGAUCGAGUAAAUUCCCCUUGGACCUGGCCCGUCUCGCGUGUAUGGAAAGGGCUCUGCGCUGGCUAAUGAAGAGGCAGAGAAAGCAAAGCCGCAGUGAGCCUCGCUUCUCUCCCGCAAGCAAGCAAAUGAAGGCCCUCAAAGACGCAGGCGAGAAAGACAGGCGGCAAGCCGAGCGGUCGGGAGGUUACGGCGAGGCCGCAGAGCGGUCACAGAGAGGCGUCGAAGGCGGAGACGGCGCCGAUGCAGACUUCUCGUCUGGCUUGUUGAGAGAAGUGGAAAGGGAAUCAAAACGACUGGCGCAGCAGAUGAGCGACUCGACCCGUGGCUUUCUCCCCGCAGACGUCGCUCCUGACGAGCCCGCUUUCUGGAUCGCCCUCAAGACGGCGUUGCUCGAAGAACUCAGGGAAUAA